CACAGACCAGGCAGGAGGGUCGGGGAGGGGAAGCGCCAGGCCAGGCCGGGGGUCUCCUGCCUCCGGUUCUGCCUGGGUGGAAACUUGGAAAGAGGACAGACUUGGCCCUGGGCACCUCCGGGCUGUGAGAACUGAAGAUUUUCAGUCUCUCUGCGUCUCAGUCAAAUGGGGAUGAGGAAAAGAUAUCAAGAAUGACAAGCACCUGGCACAGCCGGCACCUUGCAGCUUGGUCAAUGGAUGAUUUCUUGGAAAGGGUGGGCUAUGGGAAGGGUGUGAGUAUAAAGAGCCACGAGAUUGCCCGCCAUACCCUACACUGCCUGGAAGCAGAGCCCACAGGCCCCAACUGGCCCCUCCCCGGGGACUUGGCCAAAGUGUCAGACCUGGAAGAAUCGUUGCAUCACUGGGCACUCACGGGUUAAUGACAGGGAGUGGAUAGGACCUGGGUAUUUAACUAAUUAGGAGGCGCCCUGAGAUCAGAGGUGCCCCCGUUGCUUUCUUCUGCUGCCUUUUGUGCUCCUUGUGCACCUCCCUUCUCCAUAACCUGGGAUGAAACCUCCCCACGUGCUGGUGUUCCUUUGCCUCCUGGUGGCCCUGGUCACAGGGAACCUGGUCCAGUUCGGGGUGAUGAUCGAGAAGAUGACGGGCAAGUCUGCCCUGCAGUACAACGACUAUGGCUGUUACUGCGGCGUCGGCGGCUCCCACUGGCCAGUGGACGAGACUGACUGGUGCUGCCACGCCCACGACUGCUGCUAUGGACGUCUGGAGGAGCUGGGCUGUGAGCCCAAACUGGAAAAGUAUCUUUUCUCUGUCAGCAAACGUGGCAUUUUCUGCGCCGGCAGGACCACCUGCCAGCGGCUGACCUGCGAGUGUGACAAGAGGGCCGCCCUCUGCUUUCGUCGCAACCUGGGCACCUACAACCGCAAAUAUGCCCAUUACCCCAACAGGCUGUGUACCGGACCCACCCCGCCCUGCUGAGGCUGUGCUCAGCCUCCUCCCUGUCCCUCGAGGUCCUGCCUCAGGCUGCUGUAGUCCCAGUCCUGGGGAACAUUGGCACCAAAGGCCCUCCCUCUGGAAAAUUCCUUUCCUGCAAACCCAUCCCUGCUUCAGAGCUCAGAGAUAUGUCCUGGACCAUCACUAGCCUCCCAGGCUACCCCUUCUCUGUAGAAAACCCUGCCCCAGGAGCCAUGGAUCCUUCAGCACCCGCAAGACUGUCACCAACUUCUGGGAUCUCAGCUCCCUCUUCUGCAUAAGUGAAUAAUGUUUUCCCAUAAUUCUAAUAUUCUCUGAGUCUCAAAUUCUAUCAGUCAUUCUAGGGUUUAAUUCACUAAAGUUUCAUUCAUUCAU